GUGCAUGGAGCCGCGGUCUCCCGGGGGAGCCCACAGGUCCUGCCGGGCGGGGACCGCUCCCUGGGGUUCCGGUUACGGUAACUGGAUCGGGUCAAAGUCCAUCUUUCAAAAGUGACCUCCCUCAGACCUCUGCAUCCCGGCGGAGCAGAACGGAGGCUUUGGAGCCUGCCUGGCAUAGUUUCAGUGGAAACCUGGAAGUUAUUGUCCAGGUCCUACAUGUCAGCCUUCGGCAGCUAGGGACCAGAACUCGAGGCGCCUUUCUCCUCCAGAGGAUGGUGUCUAAGAAAAAGAAAAACUAUUCCUCAUCUCUCUACCCUGGUUAAUAGUGGCAUGGAAGAUCCAUUUGAAGAAGCAGAGCAGCCCUCUGGAGAUCCAGGCGUGGUCCUGGAUGGUGUGGAAGCAGGAGACACAACUCCUCCCACCAAGAGAAAAAGCAAGUUCUCAGGUUUUGGCAAGAUCUUCAAGCCAUGGAAAUGGAGGAAGAAAAAAAGUAGUGAUAAAUUUAAAGAGACAUCAGAAGUUUUAGAGCGAAAAAUAUCUAUGCGAAAACCAAGAGAAGAGCUGGUUAAAAGAGGGGUUCUAUUGGAAGACCCUGAGCAGGGUGGUGAGGAGCCAGGAAAGCUGAGCCAUGCCACAUUAAAGAAUGGCCACACGACCCCCAUCGGGAGUGCCCGGUCUCCUAGUCCAGUCCUAGUGGAAGAAGAGCCAGUGAGAAUAUCAAGUCUUAGGAAUCUUAACCCAGAAGAGGAUCCAAAGAAGAGACUCGGCUCCACUGGAAGCCAGCCAAACUCUGAAGUGGUGUCUGCUCCUGAGCACGCAGCUAAGCAGCCUCUGCUCCCCCCAAGAAGACUCUCGUCCUCUUCUUACGAAGCAAGCGAAGGGCAAGCAAAGGAGGCUGUGUCUGGCAGUGCCUCGAGGUCCGUCUCCUCCACUUCUGGCUCUACCACCAUGACACCUGCUGUCACCACUGCUGCCCCAAACCUCACAAGGACUGCUCAUCCCUCUGUCGCCCCUGCCCCAGCCCCCAGGACUCUGCUGUUUCCUGCUGCCACAGCCGCCAGCACUACCGCCCCCCCUGCCAAGCAGCCCCCCAUCCCCCCUCCUAAACCAGCCCACAGAAACAGCAACCCUGUCAUUGCUGAACUAUCCCAAGCAAUAAACAGUGGUACACUGUUACCGAAACCAUCCCCACCCUUACCACCCAAGAGAGGCAUUCCAUCAACCUCAGGACCCACCUCAGAGCCUGCUUCUUCACCCACAAGAAAAACAGCAAGUGAUCAAAGAGAAAAAACUGUCACUGUGUGUUCGGAUCCACCGAUGAUAAUCCCGCCUUCCUCCCCAUCACCCCCACUGCCUACCCACAUACCUCCAGAGCCCCCACGGUCCCCACCAUUCCCUGCUAAGACUUUUCACGUUGUGUCAGAAGUUGAGUUUUCCCCUCCCUUAGAUCUAUCCCAGGACAUAUCCCAGCAGGAAGAUCAGAAAAAGGAAGUCCCCAAGAAGAUACAGGACCAGAACUUCGGGGAGCCCCACAUACCCUCCAGGCUGCCCCCACUCCCGCUGCAUAUCCGAAUUCAGCAGGCCCUGACUAGCCCCCUUCCUGUGACUCCUCCCUUGGAAGGCGCUCACAGAGCUCACUCACAGCUGUUUGAGAGCAGUGACAGCUUCUCUGAGGACAGUGGGACCCUGGGUCGGACCCGGUCACUUCCCAUCACGAUUGAAAUGCUGAAAGUUCCAGACGAUGAAGAAGAGGAGCAGACCUGCCCACUGGCGUUUGUUGAAGACAUGACAUCUACCUCAGUCACUCCUAAACUGCCACAGUGUCUGCAAGAGGAAGAAAAGGAGAGCGACUCGGAUUCGGAGGGUCCCAUUCAGUAUCGAGACGAAGAAGAUGAAGAUGAGGAAGACGAAAGCCACCAGAGUGCUCUGGCCAACAAAGUGAAGAGGAAAGACACAUUGGCAAUGAAGCUAAGCAGCAGACCCAGUGAACCAGAGUUGAACCUGAAUUCUUGGCCUCGUAAAAGCAAGGAGGAGUGGAAUGAAAUCCGGCACCAGAUUGGGAACACGCUGAUCCGGCGACUGAGCCAAAGACCGACAGCAGAAGAACUGGAGCAACGGAAUAUACUGCAGCCUAAAAACGAAGCUGAUCGCCAAGCAGAGAAACGAGAGAUUAAGCGUCGACUCACUAGAAAGCUCAGUCAAAGGCCAACUGUGGCUGAACUACUUGCCAGGAAGAUUCUGAGGUUUAAUGAGUAUGUGGAGGUAACAGAUGCUCAGGAUUAUGACCGGCGAGCAGAUAAACCUUGGACCAAACUGACUCCUGCUGACAAGGCUGCCAUAAGAAAAGAAUUGAAUGAAUUUAAAAGCUCAGAGAUGGAGGUUCAUGAAGACAGCAAACAUUUUACACGCUACCAUCGCCCAUGAUGCUGAAGUGUGAGAAAGGGACUGAAGGACCAUGGAAAAGCAACCAUAGCACUUCCCACACAGCCAGGCUGCUCUGGGAUCUGGUUUGGGGUGAAGAGCACUUCUAUGAACGUAGCCUUUCACUGGAAUGGAGUCUCCUGUGCCGCCCUUAGAGAAGAAUGAAACACCUAAUGCUUUUGAACCUGUUAACAGCACUGCAGUGGACUUGAAGGCGUCCCUGUCCCCAGCCACCCAAGCUCGGGCCCUUGAUGGACCUGAGUUUUACUGGCUGCAGCACACCCUGCCCUGAGACAGUGCUUGUGCUGAGGCAGGUGGUGCCAUUAGCCUUACCCACCUCGCUGUGUGUGUGUGUGUGUGAGACCCACUCAUGCAGGUGUUAUUCCAGCCACCAAAUCCUCUUGCCAGAAACCCCGGGGGCACUACCGUUCUAGCAAAGGGCCCCCACUUGCAGAAGUGGUGCUUGGACCCCCUGGCAUGGCAGUUGGAAGAAUGUACUAUCCCUCCUAGACUGAGGCCGACAGGAAGCUUGGCGUCCGGGCUGUCCCUCCUUGACACUUGUCUUCCCAGCUCCUUCCCUUUUGUUUCGAGACAAGAUCUUAAACUGUGUCUCAGGUUGGCCCACAACUCACUGUGUAGCCCAGGCUGGCCUCAAACUCCUGUCUCAGCCUCCCACAUGCUGGGAUUACAAGCAUGAGCCAUCAUGUUUAGCUUUCAUCCUGGUCCGUAUUUUAAAGUUAUCUUAAAGAAAUGAUGGAAAUUUACUCAUUAAACAGUCGGAGCUGUGAUCAAGCUGUUUAAAUGAGAAUAUCAUGCACAGUUUCUAAAUACAAACCAAGAAAAAGGCCUUAAUAUUAAUGUCACUUUGGCAGAGAACUGACUCAUGGGUUAAACUCAUAGACUAUCUAUGUUCCUUGUACCAAAUGAUACUGUAAAUCACUUCAGCCAGUGGAUGUAGGCGCCCUGUGGGAGCACACGUGUGCCACUGGUGCCCAUGCGUGCAGCCAGAGCCCCUCCUCGGUGCCCUUGGCCCCCCUUACUGCGGAGCCCCUCUGCUCCAGCAGCCUCCCGCCUCUCCUCUCUGGCAGCAUUCACCUCACUUGCCUUUUCGAUUCCAUGCUGUAGCCAGUGUGGUCAGUGCCUAAGUUUCUGGAUCAGGUCCUCCCCAUUCGUAUUUGUGAUGUCAGUAUGAUUUCCUAAAGCAGAUCUGGUUAUGUACCUCGAAGAAUUUUUCUCCUGAAACCCACACAGCCUCACUGUUCCCUCCUGAUUGCAAUUUACGUUGUAAGUGGAAAAGAAGACGCCCCGUUUCUCUCUCGUCUUUUUGUCUGCAGUCAGAAUGUAGCUCAGCUAGCCUUAGUCUUGAGGUCUUCCUCCCCAGCCUUCCCCAUCUGGGAUCAUAAGGUCAACAGGCUUACCCAGCUCUUCCUCAACUUCGUAUUUAGUAAAUUGUGACUGUUAUAAGUGUUUCUCCUGCUUUAUUCUCUUUCCUGUUGGUGUUCUCUCAGCGAUUUUCUCCUUGUUAGCAUCACACUUAGUGAAGAUUUAGAAUAGAGGGCAAACAAAAAUGCUCAAGUGACCUUAAAAAUAGUACUUCCUUCUCCACGGAGGAAGAGGUGGUUUUGUUUUUUGUUCCUGCAUGGUAGUUUCUGGCUAUGGAACAAGACCCCACCUCCUCAGAGCUCGCUAACACUUGGGUUAAGGAGGAAACCCAGUGACUGUGCUAAGGCUGUUAGAAGUCUAGAUGCAGGUUGCCGUAACUGCUAACCCGAGAAGUCUAGAUACAGGUUGCCGUAACUGCUAACCUGGUCGUUCUCCUUUGUGAUUGCAUUUUGUUCAGUGUGCUCAGGAUGGAACCCGAGUUCUCACAAGCUAGGCCAGUGCUCCCUGCCACUGAUCUGUCCCCAGCCCUGGCUCCAACCACUCUUUCCUGUUGGGUUGGGGACUGCUUUGCAUAUGCCUAUGCUAUCUGUGGCUGAGGUGACAUUUUGUUUUGUUUUAUUAGAUAGGGUCUCAUGUGGCCCAGAAUGGCCUCAGACUCACUAGAUAGCCAAGGAAGACCUCAACCUCUGAUCCCCCUGCCUCCACCUCCCAAGUGCAGGGAGUACGGACAUGACCCACCAUGCCUGACAGCAAAAAACUUUCAGUCUUCCUUCACUGCGUUUCCCCUCUCGGUGCCAAGCCUGAGCUACCUGCCCGCUCCUGUGUGCCAUCAGGGCUCGGAGUCACUGUUCAUCUCAUUGUCUUCUGAAACCUGGGGGAGGGUGGCAUCUAGUCAGUGGUUCUGUCUUAGUGUAUAUAAAAGUUGACUUUGUGUUUUCUGUCUGUAACUUGGAGUCACAAGUGUAAAUGUAAAGGAGGAAAAGCCUAGCAUAUUGUACGUAAAGAUGUUCCCCUAAUGUACAGAAUCAUGUAAAAUAAAUAAUUGCAUUGUAUAUCAGUCUUCCCACCAAUCUUAAUUAUUAAAGUAUUUUAGAAUAUUAAAAAAAA